CGCCUCUGCCCGCCGCGCGGACCGAGGGAGCGCGGUCGCCGCCGCCUGCCUGCCCGGGUGCCCGCGUGCCCGGGCAGCGGUGGGCCAGGAUGUCGGGUUUCCUGGAGGAGCUGCUGGGCGAGAAGCUGGUGACGGGCGGCGGCGAGGAGGUGGACGUGCACUCGCUGGCUGCCCGCGGCAUCUCGCUGCUCGGGCUCUACUUCGGCUGUAGCCUGAGCGCCCCCUGCGCGCAGCUCAGCGCCAGCCUGGCCGCCUUCUACGGCCGCCUGCGGGGGGACGCGGCGGCCGGGCCAGGGGCUGGGGCCGGCCCGGGGCCGGGGGCCGGGGCGGCGGCGGAACCCGAGCCGCGGCGCCGCCUGGAGAUCGUCUUCGUGUCCUCGGACCAGGACCAGCGGCAGUGGCAGGACUUCGUGCGGGACAUGCCGUGGUUGGCGCUGCCCUACAAGGAGAAGCACAGGAAGCUUAAACUUUGGAACAAAUAUCGAAUUUCCAACAUUCCAUCACUAAUAUUCUUAGACGCCACCACCGGGAAGGUCGUGUGCAGGAAUGGGCUGCUGGUGAUCCGCGAUGACCCAGAGGGUUUGGAAUUCCCUUGGGGGCCUAAACCCUUCAGGGAAGUCAUUGCAGGGCCCUUGCUUAGAAAUAAUGGGCAGUCCCUGGAGAGCAGCAGCCUGGAGGGGUCUCACGUGGGAGUCUAUUUCUCUGCACACUGGUGUCCACCGUGCCGAAGCCUCACCCGGGUCCUGGUGGAAUCCUACCGGAAGAUCAAGGAGGCAGGCCAGAAGUUCGAGAUCAUCUUUGUUAGUGCAGACAGGUCAGAGGACUCAUUCAAACAGUACUUCAGUGAGAUGCCGUGGCUCGCCGUCCCCUACACCGACGAGGCCCGGCGGUCGCGCCUCAACCGGCUGUAUGGAAUCCAAGGCAUCCCCACCCUCAUUGUGCUGGACCCACAGGGGGAGGUGAUCACGCGGCAGGGGCGGGUGGAGGUGCUGAACGACGAGGACUGCAGGGGCUUCCCGUGGCACCCCAAGCCCGUGCUGGAGCUCUCCGACUCCAACGCCGUGCAGCUCAACGAGGGCCCCUGCCUCGUCCUUUUUGUAGAUUCUGAGGAUGACGGGGAGUCCGAGGCGGCCAAGCAGCUGAUCCAGCCCAUAGCUGAGAAGAUCAUCGCCAAGUACAAAGCCAAAGAGGAGGAGGCGCCACUUCUGUUCUUUGUGGCGGGGGAGGAUGACAUGACCGACUCCCUGCGAGAUUACACCAACCUGCCCGAGGCUGCCCCUUUGCUCACCAUUCUGGACAUGUCAGCCCGGGCCAAGUACGUGAUGGACGUGGAGGAGAUCACCCCUGCCAUUGUGGAGGCCUUUGUGAAUGACUUCCUAGCAGAAAAGCUCAAACCAGAGCCCAUCUAGUCGGGCUCCAGCUUCCCGGGAUGUUAUUUAAAACUCAUUCUUCUCCUCCCCCUCCCCCGCCCUUCCCUCCACCCUUGGACUUUUCCAGGGUGUCCCGAAUCACACAACCCAAGUGUCCAACCUCUCUGUGGUGCCUUGUUUUCUGCAUUAACUCCUCAGCUAGCACCCUAGGGUGCACAUCCUCUCCAGCAGCAGAAGAACCUCCGUGUUUGGAGACUCUGCUUGGGAUUCGCGGGGCUGGCAUAACCCGGCCCGAACUGGGACUGCAGCGUUCUCUUGGUCCCUAGCUCUUGGUGAGGUAUUUGCCAGGGUGUUCUUCUGUCAAGUGGGCACCAAGGGACAGAGCAUCGGUGCUCUGGCUCUGCCUUAGGUGCCAGCACGUACGUGCAGAGCCCGAGGGUUCAGAGGCACACGCGCGGCGGGUGGAGCAGGGAGAGGGCGGCGGCCGCGGAGGCCUCCGUGCAGAGCUGCUGGCGAGGACGUCCUUUCCUAAGUGACUUGGUCUGUCUUGGUCUGAGGGAAAAACACCAGCUUGUCAGCCGGUUCUUGGGCAGGGGCUCUCCAGCCCUCAAAGGAAGUUUGUGUUCUUUUCUUGUGAGGAAGAGAGUAGCUACGGUAAUGAUUCACGUAAUAAUUGCUUACUUUGAUGGAGCGCCUCCCAUGUGAUAAGGAGCUGCUCAUUCCUUCCUUCUAGCUCUUUCUUCCUUGAUCUUGACCUUCUCCCAGUUUCUACCUUCUCAGAUGAACGGCCCCUACAAUCUUGGAAUGUUGUUACUAAGUUCUCCCCCUUGGACAUCUUCCCAAGAAGAUGCGGUGGCCCUGUGUUCCCGGAGGGGCACCACUCACCAGCGCAGACCUGACUCAGCCCGGCUCUGGGCCUGGGGCUGCUGGAGCUCUGCUGAGGUGCCCUUGCCCACCCUUGGUUACCCCUGCAUUCCCUUUUCUUCUCAAAGCAGAACUUAAAAGAGACAAAAAAAUUACCAGAAGCCUAGCUUUUUCCUAAGAACCUGCAGAAAGGGCUGUGCCCUGAGGUGGGAGUGCAGACCAAAGACAGGUCAGCUAAGAGUAGGCCCUGGGUCCGCUCUGCUGGGCCCAGCUCAGCUCCUUGUUUGGGCUGAACUGACCACAGAAAGGAAGCUAACAGCUGUGCUCUUAGGAUUUGGGAUGGAAGGCUUUGCGUAGGGCCUCACAGGGUUUCAGCCUAUCUCAGUCAGGAGUCAGGGCCUUUAAAAUAAUCUCAGGCCUCACCCCUGGCUCCACUCACAGCCAAUCAAGACCAUUUAUUUGGAAAACCCAGCCCCCUCCAAUUAGCUGUUGACACCAUCGCUCCUUGCUGAGUGGGAUUGUUGAUUUGUAGUUCAGAGGUACAAAUUUAGUUGGUAAUUAGACUGUUACUGUUACCAGCCUGAAAUGCAGUCACCUAGUAAGAAAUAAAACAGGCAUCUCUGGACGUUAUCAA